UGUACAUGCCUAAAAAUGAACACGACAGUUGUAUACUUAAUGAUGUCAUUAUCUGCAACCUUUCUGGGGAUUUUUCUUGUUUUCUAUUCAUAUUGCAAAUACCGUUAUACUUACUGGAAGAAGAAAGGUGUUGCAUACCUCGAGCCCUCUUUCCCGUUUGGAAACAUUGGAGAUGCACUACUACAAAGGAAAUCUGUUGGGUUACAAUUCCAAGAUAUUUAUAAUAAACUUGCCGGACAUGAACUUGGAGGGGCGUUUUCAUUCAUCAGACCAAUACUCAUAGUUCGAGAGCCAGAGAUGAUUAAGAACAUCGUAGUUAAAGAUUUUGUACAUUUCCACGACCGUGGUACGUACUUUGACGAAGAGAGUGAACCUUUAUCUGCCAACCUGUUCACGCUGUCUGGACAUAGAUGGAGGAAUCUUCGUACUAAGAUUACACCUACGUUCACAUCUGGUAAAAUGAAAACUAUGUUCCAAAUUCUUGUUGACUGCGGUAAUGAACUGGGAAACCACGUAGAUCAGUCUGCAGCUAAUGGGGAUAAUAUAGAAGUAAAGGAUAUUAUGGCGAAGUUCAGUAUCGAUGUGAUAGCACUGUUUGCUUUUGGAGUGCAGUGCAACUGCCUUAAGAAUCCAGAUGCUGAGUUUAGAAAAUGGGGCAGAAAAAUAUUCGAAACUAAUAGGAAGACAGGAGUCAAAGACGUUGCCACGUUUGUGGCUCCUGCUUUGGCUCCAAUAUUGAAAAUACCUCAGGUACCUCGGGAUGUAUCGCAAUACUUCAAGAAGAUGGUGAAAGAAACAGUUGAAUAUCGGGAAAGUAAUAGAGUGAAGAGAAAUGAUUUCAUACAGCUUUUGAUCCAAAUGAAAAAGAAAGAAUCUGUUCAUAUGAAUAAGCAAAUUAAUGACAGGUUAAAAGCAGAUAACGGAAAUGAUAUUGGACUAACAAUGAAUGAAAUUGCAGCCCAAGCUUUUAUAUUCUUUGCUGCUGGAUUUGAAACCUCUUCGACCACUAUGAGUUUCUGCUUAUAUGAGUUGGCAAUGAACCGGGAGGUACAGGAACGUCUACGCGAAGAGAUCGAUGUGGCGCUAAGAAAACAUGAAGGCAAAAUCACUUACGAAGCCAUUCAGGAAAUGGAGUAUCUCGACAAUGUGAUCUCAGAAACGCUAAGGAAAUAUCCUCCGGCUCCAUUUCUGGUACGAGAAUGUACCAAGAAGUACACAAUUCCAGGGACAGAUGUUGUUAUAGAGAAAGGAACGUUAAUUAUAAUUCCUGUAAUGGGACUUCAUAGGGAUCAAAAGUAUUACCCAGACCCUGAGAGAUUUGACCCAGAUCGCUUCAGCAAGGAGAUGAAGGACAGAACACCCCAAUUUACAUACCUGCCUUUUGGAGAAGGCCCAAGGAUCUGUAUUGGGAUGAGAUUCGCGCUACUGGAGACCAAAGUAGGCCUGGUGUCACUCUUGUCCAAAUACAGUUUCCAUGUUUCCAACAAGACAUCGGUGCCCUUAAAACUUGAUACCAGAAGCAUCAUCACAUCAGCUGCUGGUGGAGUGUGGCUCAAGAUUAGAAAUCGACUUGAAGUUAGCAUGGGGCUCCUACCUGAAACCACUCUUCUGGCCGUGGGUGCUGCUGUAGCCUCUCUUCUCACAGUGGUAUAUAUCUACUUCAAGAAGUCCUUCAGUUAUUGGAAGGAAAGAAAUGUACCUUACAUCGAACCAACAUUCCCCUUUGGAAAUUUCAGAAACCUGAUGUUUUUGAAAAUACAUAUAGGACAUAAGUUCGUAGAUCUUUACAAGAAGCUAGACGGUGAGAAAUAUGGAGGGACAUACAUGUUCACGAAACCUGAAUUCAUUUUCCGUGACCCAGAAAUUAUUAAGAAUGUCCUGGUUAAAGACUUCAGUAGUUUCCAUGAUCGUGGCAUCUUCACGGAUGAACAGUUUGAACCACUUACUGUUCACUUGUUCCGUCUUCCUGGAAACAGAUGGAGAAAUCUUCGCGUUAAACUGACACCAACUUUCACUUCCGGUAAAAUGAAGAUGAUGUUUCAAACUUUGGUUGAUUGUGGGCAAGAACUUGGAGAUAUCUUACAGGAAACCGCCAGUCGGGAGGAGAUUAUUGAAAUAAAAGAGAUCUUGGCUAGGUACAGCACAGAUAUAAUAUCAUCGUGUGCAUUUGGCAUCCAAAGCCAUUGUCUCGAGAAUCCAGGCGCUGAAUUUCGUCAAUGGGGAAAGAAAAUAUUCCCAACGACUAUAAAAUCGUCAAUAACUGGAUCUCUGAGUGCACUACUUCCCUCUAUGGUGAGCUUCUUGAAGCUCAGAGGUUUAGAACCCAAAGUUUCAGAAUAUUUCCGAAGUUUGUUUGAAGAGACAAUGACUUACAGGGAGAAGAACAACAUUAAACGCAACGACUUUUUGCAACUGCUUAUCCAGAUCAAGAAUCGUGGCAAAGUGGAGGAAGAACACGGUUACCUGGAGCAGAAUGGCCAUGGAGACUUGGAGAACAAGUCUGAUGAGAAUGGUUUGUCUAUGAACUUACUGGCGGCCCAGGCCUUCGUUUUCUUUGCUGCGGGUUUCGAGACUUCGUCAACCACCAUGACGUUUUGUCUGUACGAGCUGUCAUUGCACCAGGAUAUACAGGAACGUCUCCGGGAAGAGAACGAUGUUGUGCUGAAGAAACAUGAAGGCAAGAUUACGUAUGAAGCCAUCCAAGAAAUGGAAUACUUGGAUAAAGUUGUCUCAGAAACUCUUCGGAAAUAUCCACCGGUUACGAUCUUAAACCGUGAAUGUACCAAAGCCUACAAAAUACCUGACACGGAUAUUGUUCUGGAGAAGGGAGUCUUAACGGCUAUACCGGUCUUGGCCCUUCAUCACGACCCUAAGUAUUAUCCUGACCCUGAGAGAUUCGACCCGGAGAGAUUCAGUGAAGAGGAAAAGGCGAAGAGACACCACUACGUGUAUCUGCCCUUCGGAGAGGGUCCCAGGAUAUGCAUAGGAAUGCGGUUCGGUCUGAUGCAAACCAAAGUGGGACUUGUCUCUCUUCUGUCCAAGUACCAGUUCAGUCUGAGUAAGAAAACUCCGGUUCCAUUGGUUAUGGAUACGAAGACAAUAAUUUUAUCACCUGUUGGUGGAAUGUGGCUGCAGAUUAAGCAGCGCGCUGAUUAUUACACUGCUAUUUAAUUUAGGGCACUAAAUUACCAUAUAAACUGGUUUAUUAUUAACUAAAAUUCUGUGUUAAUUGAAUUAUCAUUAUAUAAAGACAUUUUGUGCUGAAUUUGUUCAUCGUCUGGAGCGUGAUUUGGAUCCUUAUUCUCACAUUUGUAGACGGCAACGGAAAUAGUUUCCUAAAUGAUGUUUACUUUAAUUAUUCAUCGGACAAUGACAAUGGCCAGCAUACUGUUUCUCUGAAGUUGUUUCACGUUCACUCAUAGUAAAAAUCAGUUCUUAAAUAGCCAAUCAGUAAUAUUAAAGUGAAAAAAAAGACAGGUGCAUGAAAAUAGUUUAAUGGUACAUCGCAUACUCGUAUAUGUAAUGUACAUAUCUCCUUUUGAACAGAAUUAUGCACUAUAAUUUUCUCUUCAAAUAAGAAAAAAAAUGAAGUUAUCAAUUUUCUUAACAGCAACUACAUGAAACCGAACAAUGGAAUGAAAAUAACACACAAAUUCAUAAUUUCUCUCUUAUGUUCGUAUAUAUGUCAGUGGUCACUUCUGUAUUUACCUUCGGUAAAGAAUGGGUAGUAAACUGGAAAGGGCCAAAACCCGUCUGUACUUCUUGGAUAAGAAAAAUAUUCAGCCCCCACUUAAUUGCCUUACUGGAUUAAGUACACUUUGAAGAAUUUCGGAAAGGAAAACUUGAGUCUCUGGACGACUCUCCGACCUCAGGUUCACAUGACAUACACAUAAAUAAUUCAAAACCUCAGCAAUGUAAUUGUAACCGUAACAUCAUGUGACAAGAACAAUACCAAGUGAGGAGGAAAUUCCACUCCCAAUUAGUAGCUAAGAGCUUUAAGUACCUUAUUAAUUCCAGAUUUCAUAUGCUGUUUUGUUGUGUAUUCUGUAGUUGAGUCUCCUAUAUACACAUGAAUUAGUCAGUCAGUCAAUUUGCUUAUAACUCCAGCUGUUGCACACUGUUAGUGCAAGAUUGUGUUCUCCCUGUUACUUCCAUUUACUUUCUUGGUUUACGUAAUUUGUUUCUAUUGUAGGAAGCACUAGAUUAUCACUUCCGUAUUCUUUCAAUAAACUUGUAUCUAAAAGUACGUGGAUAUAAUUAUAGCUACCACAUUAAUUCAGCGUAAUUACAUUUAGUACCCUGAACCUAAAGCAUUUAUAUGCAGCUGAUUCCUACAAGUUCCUCAAGUAUCCAGUAUGCAUCGUAUCUGCGGCCUUAUGGUUCGUAUCUCAGUUUGUUGUUUUAUAUUAAACUUGUUGUUUCUCGGUCUGUGUGUUUCUGACCAAUUCCUUCCAUACUCAGAAGUCUGCAUUAUAAAAUCUUGAAU